GCAACUCCACCCAGAAUUAAACUGCAAACUGAAGAAGAGCAACAGAGCAGCUGGGCUAACAGUUGUGCAGGACAGAGGCUGGCGUUCAGCACUUUGCUUGCAGGAGCAAGAAUUGCUGAGAAGAGGAGUCGAGUCUGGAUCUGAUCAGAGAAAGACUCAUAUUGGAUAUUCCUUAGCUGGGAAAGGUUAGGUUUUAAGGAGAAACUGGUUAUAUGAGUGUGUUGGCUCAGGACAGGUAUGAGAAUUCUUCUCCAGACGCCACCAGCCCUCCUUUUGCCUGCCAAAGGAUCCGGCCUUCUCAGCUGCCCAACACUGCAGACUGGUUGCAUUUUCAUUGUUGUCCUUCUCGUGCCACUGUCCCCCUCUUCUGGCUGCCCAGCCAUUUGCACCUGCUCCUCGGGGGAGGUGAAUUGCAUGGACCGCCGGCUGUUUCUCGUGCCCGAUGACCUGCCAGCCAAUGCCACCGCCAUCCUCCUGGACUACAACAGCAUUGCAGUUCUCCGGAACCACAUCUUCUUGAACCAGCAUACGCUGGUACGCCUGAGCCUUCAUAACAACAUCAUCAUGAGUAUCCACAGCCAGGCUCUGGUGGGUCUUGGUGAGCUUCAGGAAUUGGACCUGAGUGGAAACUUCCUGAGCAACCUGCUGCCAGAGACAUUCUUCCCUGUUCCAAGUCUGACAACACUAAAUCUAGGGAACAACAAACUUGUGAGUCUGAACCCUGAGCUUCUGGGGGCCUUGCCUCACCUCCAGACACUGUCUUUGCAUGGCAAUGCUUUGACCUUGCUCUCUUCGGCCUUCUUUGAGAACCUGCCUGCUUUGCGCAGCUUCAAGCUUGAUGACAAUUCCUGGGUGUGCACCUGUGGCAUCCAGCCCCUCUUUCAGUGGCUCACUGAUAAUGUGGAUAAAGUCCCAGAUGUGAAAUCCGUUUCUUGCAAACUCCCGGAUGUAUUUGCCCAAUACCCUAUCAUUGACAUUGGAAACAAAUCUUUCGUUCACUGCCAUGAGCCGUGGUUGCUCCCUCAGGAUUAUUCGUUUUUCUUACUCAUUGGUCCUUCCUGCUUCCUAGGCAGCAUCUGCAUCUGUGCCCUUGUUGGCUUAAUAGCAGUCGCCUGCACAAAGAUGUGGAUGGGGUCGCACACAUAUCAUGGGCCUCCCCCAGCAACACGUGCCGAACGUGCUAGAAGACCUACUUACGGAUAAUGUCUGUUGUGCUCAGAGGGUACUUCUAAUGGUCAAAGUGCUCUUCUUUUCAGUCUUGACAUCCUUGGCUUCAUGAUGACAGAUGUUUAGCUAUGCCAGCAGCAGUGUUGGAGACUAGAUAUAGUAAGGUUCCUCUAUCAAAUAGACUUUGUCUAUGUGGAUUUAAGGAGGUGGAAUCCAUGGACCACAUUCUAUUUAAUUGUCCUCUGUACGAAGCAGCCUGCUAGAACACGGCCAUACAGCCCGGAAACCACACAGCACCCCAGCCUAUAUUAAGCUUAUCCACCCCUUUUUAAAUAAGUUUACAAGUCAGCCUGAAACAGAAUGGGCCAAAAUGCUUUUCGCCAAAGAUCAGCAUCACAUUUCCAUACAGAUUGUGAAAUGCUGUGCUUAAAUAAUUAAAGUUCAUCAACAUUUUAAUGUAGAAAACAAUGCACAGGUAUAUCAGCACAUUUUAAUUUUUAAGCAUUGAAUGUUUUAGGCAUUAUACUUUAAUAUUAAACUUAUUAGAAAUUUCCAUUUAAUAUCUAAUGUGUAUUGCUUUUUAACAUGUAUUUUUAAAGGUUGUUAUAUUUUUUCCUGUACUCUAGUGAAUAACUAUAAAUAAAUAAGUAAAAGACUUUGUGGAGCAGGAGACUGUUGUCUCUAUUUUACUUAUGGUUGGGAAGGGGCGCUACCUAGAUCUACCUGUCACACAGUUGUAAUGUUGAGGUCAGUUUAAAGCCCGAAGUAUCAGGUGGAGGAGGAUGCUUAAACUUCCCUCCACCCAUUGCUUUGUGCUCCUCUAAGUGACCCUUCUCUCUGACACAAGAAGCAUAUCUGUCUAAGAGCGUCAAAAGAAGCAGCAUCUCAAACCCUGCCCUCUCUGUUUUAAAAUUGUUGCUUCUGCUGUGUGGCAUAGCCUAUGAAAUGUGAGACAUACUGCCUUGUCUUCAGUUAGUGAUUUUUUAAUUAGAGGAAAUGAUUUAACCCAUAUUGAAGUCUAUGACAAUGGUAGGACUUGAACGCAGCCCUCGUAGAGGAAAGCCGCGACUUGAUUCUGUGGACUGCUGCUCCUGUCGUUUUGGGCUUCUCUGUUUUCUGGCAAGGCAAGGUGAGAGUCAAGCCAGUGCUUUUGGGGGUCUUUUUAUAUGGUGUUUUUCCUGCUGUUUAGGUAUUUGUUGCUUUUUCGCGCUCUCUUCAUCAUUCCACUGAGCUUUCUUAAAAUCAAAUUAAAGGGGGCUUGAAAAAUCAUGUAGAUUAGAAACAAGGAAGCCACUGAAAAAUGAUGGUGUUUCACAUACAAGGACAGACUUGCAUACCCUGUUUCCCUGAAUAUAAGACAUCCCCGGAAAAUAAGAUGUAGUAGAGGUUUUGCUGA